CUCUUAGCAUUGGCCACAGCGCUUAAGCUCAGCUAGCUAAUAACAACAAACCCAACAAACACAGCAGCCGAGACUUGAGACUGGACCUGUCGCCAAACGCUAACUCUGUAUCCAGGGCUAAAAUGGCCUCUCUAGGAGAAUCUGUUCGUCUGGAAAGAGAUAUUUCUCGUGCCAUUGAGCUGCUGGACAAACUCCAGAGGACAGGGGAAGUGCCUCCCCAGAAGCUGCAGGCACUGCAGAGGGUUUUGCAGAGUGAGUUCUGUAAUGCCGUUCGCGAGGUAUAUGAGCAUGUGUAUGAGACCGUGGACAUAAAUAGCAGCCCAGAAGUGAGGGCGAAUGCAACAGCAAAGGCUACAGUGGCUGCAUUUGCAGCCAGCGAGGGUCAUUCUCACCCACGUGUGGUGGAGCUCCCUAAAACAGAGGAAGGACUGGGGUUCAACAUCAUGGGUGGGAAGGAACAAAACUCGCCCAUCUACAUCUCCCGCAUCAUUCCUGGAGGCAUCGCAGAUCGGCACGGUGGCCUGAAGAGAGGAGACCAGCUGCUGUCCGUUAAUGGAGUGAGUGUAGAAGGAGAGCACCAUGAGAAAGCUGUGGAGCUGCUGAAGGCCGCUCAGGGUACAGUGAAGCUGGUGGUACGGUACACCCCUAAGGUCCUGGAAGAGAUGGAGUCGCGCUUUGAGAAGCUGAGGUCUGCCAAACGCCGACAACAGAACAACUUCCCCCAGUGCUCAGGUUGGCUCUGGCAACAAUAUCAUGAAUUAGAAAGCAUCAUGAAUCACAAGAGCAAUAAUGAGACAUGAUCCGUUCAUCAUCAUCUCAGACAGGUUACUCACUCCCCAUUCAUACUUGGAUUUGUCCACGGGGGUGGCUGACUAAAUAUUUUUUAUAACCUUUUUCUUUUGAUAUUUAACCCCUUUUGAUAAAGUGAUUUUUUUUUCAAGAAAGCUUUGUAUUGAUUUACCUUGACCACAUUUUCCCUGUAAUUCAGGUAACAAGACCAAAUUUGCAUCCAUUCUGGGAGCUGUUUCAGUGUCUGGUCAGCUAGUUUGGAUUGUUUUUUUGUUUUUUAAAGAAACUGUUAGUUUAUUGUAUUUGUUUGACAUUUCUGUCCUGCUGUAUUGUUACAUUAAUGGGGAUGUAUAAAGACUGAUCAAAAAGUGAUUUGUUUUGAGGAUACAGAGUUUAAAUAUACUGUGGGUAUAAAU